AUGCCUCAUUUCAAAAUUCUAAAUCUGAUUCCAAGAACAUCUCCUUGGCCCCCUCGAAAAGCUGAACCUGCUGGAAGAGGCGAGGAGGAGGACGGUCCGAACAUCCGGGACGUUGGCCGAGUUCAAGAACAGCUGGAGAAUCCAUCGGAGACGGACGACCACCUCGGGCUGCUGUUGAACCUGCCGGAAGAGGCGAGGAGGAGGACGGUCCGAACUUCCGGGACGUUGGCGCCGAGUUCAAGAAAAGCUGGAGAGUCCAUCGGCGACGGACGACCACCUCGGGCUGCUGUUGAACCUGCCGGAAGAGGCGAGGAGGAGGACGGUCCGAACUUCCGGGACGUUGGCCGAGUUCAAGAACAGCUGGAGAAUCCAUCGGAGACGGACGACCACCUCGGGCUGCUGCUGAACCUGCCGGGAGAGGCGAGGAGGAGGAGGACGGUCAACACAGUCGGAACCGUGGCCAAGUUCAAGAUCCUAUUCUAAAUCCGAUUCCACCCCAUCCGAGACCACCUCGGGCUGCUGCUGAACCUGCCGGGAGAGGCGAGGAGGAGGACGGUCAACACAGCCGGGACGUUGGACGAGUUCAAGAACAGCUGGAGAAUCCAUCGGAGACGGACGACCACCUCGGGCUGCUGUUGAACAUGCCGGAAGAGGCGAGGAGGAGGAGGACGGUCAACACAGCCGGAACCGUGGCCAAGUUCAAGAACCUAUUCUAAAUCUGAUUCCAAGAACAUCUCCUUGGCCCCCUCGAAAAGCUGAACCUGCUGGAAGAGGCGAGGAGGAGGACGGUCCGAACAUCCGGGACGUUGGCCGAGUUCAAGAACAGCUGGAGAAUCCAUCGGAGACGGACGACCACCUCGGGCUGCUGUUGAACCUGCCGGAAGAGGCGAGGAGGAGGACGGUCUGAACAUCCGGGACGUUGGCCGAGUUCAAGAAAAGCUGGAGAGUCCAUCGGCGACGGAUGACCACCUCGGGCUGCUGCUGAACCUGCCGGGAGAGGCGAGGAGGAGGACGGUCAACACAGCCGGGACGUUGGCCGAGUUCAAGAACAGCUGGAGAAUCCAUCGGAGACGGACGACCACCUCGGGCUGCUGUUGAACAUGCCGGAAGAGGUGAGGAGGAGGACGGUCUGAACAUCCGGGACGUUGGCCGAGUUCAAGAAAAGCUGGAGAGUCCAUCGGCGACGGAUGACCACCUCGGGCUGCUGCUGAACCUGCCGGAAGAGGUGAGGAGGAGGACGGUCUGAACAUCCGGGACGUUGGCCGAGUUCAAGAAAAGCUGGAGAGUCCAUCGGAGACGGAUGACCACCUCGGGCUGCUGCUGAACCUGCCGGAAGAGGCGAGGAGGAGGAGGAC